AUGGAGGACACAGCUCCAGCUCAGCAGGAAUCGACUUGUGUCGUCUGCCACUGCCCAGCCCGGGUCACUGAGCAGUUGCCCUGUGACCAUUACCUUUGCUCAAACUGUAUUGAGGAUAUCCGUGCCCAAGGUGCAGCCGAGGGUGCAGUGGGCUGCCCACUGUGCAGCAAUACAUUCCCCUCUGAUCCCAGCCUGGAACCGAGUUCCGGUCUCCCCCGCCUGGACAAACCGGAGGAGGCUGCUGCCGUCUCGGACCCCGCUGCCGAGCUUCCCUCAUCGGGAGGAGACCCAAAGGAGGCCAGAGUACUUGACAGUCCCAGCGAGCCCUCGACUGAUCCAACAGAGAGACGGUGCCGGGAACAUAAUGAGGUUCUGGAGUUUUACUGUGAAGAUGAUGGAGAAUGUGUGUGUGGCCCCUGUACAAUAACAGGCAAACACAAAACUCACACCCUGAUGAGCUUGGAGAAGGCAGCAGCUCAGAUUAAGGGCAAAGUGUUAAACAGUGUGAUGCCUCUUCUGCAAACUCAACAGGGUUACCACUUCAAAUAUCAAGAUCUCCAAAAAUCAGAAGAUGAAUUGAAGAUGCAGAUCAAUCGACUGCGAGGAAACCUGUCGAAGAAGUUUUUAGAAUGGAGGAAGAGUCUGGAGGAAGAUGAAGAAAAUGUGCUGAAAAUGAUUGAUGAGGAAGGAAUCCGAAUCACAGCCCAGAGCACCACCUGUUCCAAAACACUGAACGAGAAGAUGGACUUGAUCAGGUUGAUAGACGACGAAGCACAGGAUCUGGCACAAUACGAUCGUCUAUCAUUUUUUCAGCUGAUGUUAAAUGCUGCGCAAGCCAAACCCCAGAGGGAAACUUGGCUUAUGGACCAUACCAUUUUUUUGUACUCUGAAAACGAGAAAAUGGCUAGUGAGCUUCAGAACCAAAGAACACCAACUGCCCACAACGAUGCCUUGGACAUCCAUUCUAUAUCUGAACAAAUCAAGGCGCUGAUUGAUAAAUCUAUGAUAUACUACACGAUUAUACUGAACAUGAUAGGUGAAUGGGCGCAGCUCACACUGGACACCAAAACCGCGUACUGGUUCUUGACCGUCUCCGAAGAUGCCCGGUCACUGACGUUCGGCUAUGACUUGCAGCCUUACCCAUCCAACCCCGAAAGGUUCAGGACCCACCGUCAGAUCCUCUGCUGCCAGAGUUUCACCUCGGGCUACCACUCUUGGGUGGUGCAGGCCGAGGGCAUCGCUUGGGGCAUUGGGAUUGCGUAUGGGAGCAUAGCGAGGGAGGGCGAGUGCUCCGACCUGACAAACUCCAGCAAAGCGUGGUGCAUUCACCUGAAUCACGGUACGCUCACGGCCAGUCACAACGGGCUACACGUAGACAUCAUUAAGGAACCGGUGUACACCAGGUUCCAGGUUGAGUUAGACUAUGAGUCAGGCUACGUGUCAUUUUACCAGGUUGCUGAUACUCUCCAACACUUGUACACAUUUAGGACUGAGUUUACUGAGCCGGUGUUUCCAGCAUUUUCUUGUUUCUACAUUUCCUCCAUAAAACUGUGCUAG